CACAGAAUAAGGACGCAUAAGGAAGUAUAUGCAUCCACUUUACAACAAAUAUGUUAAUUUUAUUUGCAGCGAUGGUUGUUCAUAUUAGCGAUGUCCAAGGCGCUGUCGUAGUAGAGUUAGUUGAUGGACCACAUCCGAACGAAGAAAGAGUGGAAAUUAUCCGUGAUGGAGAACGUGGGACCGUGUGUGACGACAACUGGGAUGAUACAGACGCCGCAGUUAUCUGUAGGAUGCUGGGAUAUGAAUGUGACUGGUGAAGGCAACAUCAGAGUGGAAUUAGUCCAUGGUACACAACCGAACGAAGGACGAGUGGAGGUCAUUCGUAGUGGAGUCCGUGGAACGAUUUGUGAUGAGAACUGGGAUGGAAAUGAUGCCACUGUUAUUUGCAGAAUGGUGGGAUACAAGAUGGGUAGAGGUAGCAAACAUGGAGGACUCUUAUGGGAUAACUCACGGCGGGCAACGUACGGCCAGGGAACAGGGACGAUCCUACUGGACGAUGUACAGUGUAAUGGGGGUGAAACCACUAUAGAUAACUGCACGAAAAAUGACUGGGGAACCCACAACUGUUUCCAUGCUAAUGAUGCAGGUGUCACCUGCAAUCUUAUAUCAAGCGACACGGUUGAUAACAUUGCACUACAGAAACCUACGUUUAUGAGCAGCGUGUUUCAGCUAGAAGGGUCUGAGUAUGCUGUUGAUGGCAACAUGGGAACUUCCUUACUCGCGGAUCACUGCGGUCACACCAACAUGUAUGAUUACAACCCGUGGUGGAUGGUAGAUCUGUUUGGGACAUUUCUUGUUCAACGUGUCACAUUAACCAACAGAGGGGAUGACUCUUGGGACCGACUCCACAGCCUCGUCAUUGAAAUAUUUGCACAAAACCCGACAACACAUCCUAGCAGUUCUUCUCAAGUCUGUUUCAACUACACUGGCGUGGCGCUGGGGAAGGCACAGACCAGGACAUUGACCUGCGAGAGGUCAAUAAGAGGUCGCUUUGUCCGAAUUAGCAAGUGGAAAGUGGAUGCUUAUUACGAUGUUUUGACUUUGUGUGAAGUCCAAAUCGUUGGAUGUGGUUUUCCAAGAAUCUUUCCCCGUGUCUCCAAAACUAGUAUGACAUCGCAAAACUCUCAUCGUGUAACUACCACAACUCCAAUGAAUUGUGCCGUGAAAUGCGAUAGGAAAACCAGAUGUCUGGCAUUCAAUUUCAACGUCAACACACAUGAAUGCGAGCUCAUCUUAAACCCCGUGAUGAACAAUGUGAUGACGCCACAAGCAGACUGGAACUACUAAGGACCAGAUUUGAACUAAAAAGAACAAAUAGAGACAAUUCAGACAAUUUAAGUUUAAAAGAAAUCCCAAACAAUUGUUUCACAAAAUGUUGUAAAUACUUAAAAACAUUUUGGUUUAUUUUUAUUUGUUAUUAUUAUUUUGAAUUUUUUUGUUUUGGUGGCGGGUUGUUUUAUGUUUGGGUUGUUUAUUUGAUUAGCUAUGAAUUAUCGAAAAUGUCAUAAAGAUACAUGCAAUGAAGGAAUUAUUAUAUAGUAUUUCGUUUUAUACUAUU